AUGGGCGAGGAGGCGGUGGACGAUUACGAGCUCCACAUGGUGUGCUACGGCGGCGGCGGCGGCGACGACGACGGGCGCGUGAUGGAGUGGGAGUCGGGGCUCCCAGGCGACGACGAGCUGACCCCUCUGUCGCAGCCGCUGGUGCCCCCGGGUCUGGCGGCGGCGUUCCGCAUCCCGCCGGAGCCCGGGCGGACGCUGCUGGACGUGCACCGCGCGUCGGCGGCCACGGUGUCGCGGCUGCGGCGCGCGCCGUCGUCGUCGUCGUCGGGCAGCGGAGGGAGCGGCUCUUCCUUCGCGCCCUUCCAUCCUCAGGCGGGGGCAGCGGGACACGCAAGGGGGGACGAGGGGGCGGACUCGUCAGCAGCCAUCGGCGGCGCGGCGACCAACACCACCAACAACGCCAACAGCAGCAAGCGUCCCCGGCUGGUUUGGACGCCGCAGCUGCACAAGCGGUUCGUGGACGUGGUGGCGCACCUGGGGAUCAAGAACGCGGUGCCCAAGACCAUCAUGCAGCUGAUGAACGUGGAAGGGCUGACGCGCGAGAACGUGGCCAGCCACCUGCAGAAGUACCGGCUGUACGUGAAGCGGAUGCAGGGCCUCUCCAACGAAGGGCCGUCCCCGUCCGACCACAUCUUCGCCUCCACCCCGGUGCCGCACAGCCUGGUGCACGAGCCGCAGCCGCAGCAGGUGCCCGUCCCAACCAGCAUGUACGCCAUGCAUGGCGUCGCCGCUGUCGGCAUGGUGCCCAUGGCCAGCGGCGGACAGGCGUACCACCACUACCACCACCACAACGGAGGAGGGACAGAUAGACAGACUGUGAGGGGAGGCGGCAAGCGGACCCGGACGAGGGAGGGACAUGGCGACCUCCUGCUGCUGCGUCUCCUCCCACAGCCACGGCCUCUCCCACUCCCUCGCCUCCGCACCGCCAGCCCCGCCCGCCUCCGCCUCGUCUUCCCCUCCGCCCCUUCCUCGAGGCUCUCUUCCCGCCGAAUCACCGCCUCGCCCCACCCGCCGCUCGACGUCGCUGCCGGAGACGCGACCGGCGAGGACGACUGGCCCGCGCCUGACGACGACCAGGACCAGGAACAGGAGGACCGUGACGAACUCAUCGGCUUCCAGAUCCAGGUCUCCAAGGUCGGGAAGCGGAACCGGCGCCUUGUGCGCGCGCGGGUGCGCGUCCACGCGCCGCUCGAGGCCGUCUGGGCCACGCUCACCGACUACGAGGGCCUCGCCGACUUCAUCCCGGGACUCUCCGAGUGCCACCUCCUCGACCAGCACGAUGGCUUCGCGCGCCUCUACCAGGUCGGGGAGCAGGACAUCGCGCUGGGAUUCAAGUUCAACGCCAAAGGCACCAUAGACUGCUACGAGGGGGACAUGGAACUGCUGCCCACUGCCGGGGCGCGCAGGAGGGAGAUCGCCUUCAACAUGAUCGACGGCGAUUUCAAGCUCUUCCAGGGGCAAUGGUCUGUUGAAGAGCAUGUCGAAGGUGGGGGAAAUUCAGAGGAGCAGGAAUUCCAGACGACACUGUCUUACCUGCUUGAGCUGGAGCCCAAGCUCUGGGUUCCAGUGAGACUACUGGAAGGAAGGAUAUGUAGUGAGAUCAAGAACAACCUUGUUUGCAUCAGAGAACAAGCACAGAGGAUCCAGAGAUUACAGCAUGAGGGAGGAGGAUUGCAUGAAGAUGAUACUGGUACAUGGGAUUGCUGA